GGAACACAGAGAGAGAGAGAGAGAGAGAAUCAGCAGUGUGUGUGAGGUUGAAGGAUCACUUCUAUCCCGUCUUGUUUUUGGGAGACUAACCUUGUUCAUCUGAGCAUUGUGGGACUGUUUUAUGUUGUUGUUGUCGAGAGAGACGGACCCUUACUCCAGCAUGCUCACUGAGCCUGAGCUACCUCAGGAGUGUAACAGGAUGUCUUCCAAGCGACCAGCCUCUCCAUAUGGGGGGACAGAUGGAGAGGUAACCAUGGCAACCAGCAGACAGCGAGUGGAGGAUGAGGAGAGUGAGGGACUGGGCGGUGUCAUCCACCUCCCCCUGGCCUCCUACUGCAACAAGGUGUCCCCUCGCUCACCCCCCAACCGCAACUUGGACAGCCCGCCCAACAUGGAGCAGGAUGGCACUAAGGGGAGCUCCCUGAGUCCUUACCCUCAGCACAAUGCUACCUCACCAGGCAAAGAAGAGGGCGGAGGCGGGGGGCGCCUCUGCAGCGACGGGGGCUCGGCCGCGGGCACCCUGGGCACCCCCGAGAGACGCAAGGGCAGCCUGGCAGACGUGGUGGACACACUGAAACAACGCAAGAUGGAGGAGCUGAUCAAAAACGAGCCAGAAGAGGCCCCCAGCAUUGAGAGGCUGUUGUCAAAGGACUGGAAGGAUAAACUUUUGGCCAUGGGCUCAGGGCACGUCGGAGAAAUUAAAGGUACCCCAGACAGCCUGGCGGAGAAAGAGCGCCAACUCAUGGGCAUGAUUGGCCAGUUGAGCAGCCUGAGGGAGCAGCUCUUGGCGGCCCAUGAGGAGCAGAAGAAGCUGGCCGCCUCACAGAUGGAGAAGCAGAGGCAGCAGAUGGAGCUCGCCAAGCAGCAGCAGGAUCAGAUUGCCCGGCAACAGCAGCAGCUUCUACAGCAGCAACACAAAAUCAACCUCCUGCAGCAACAAAUCCAGCAGGUCCAGGGCCAACUCCCUCCACUGAUGAUUCCCGUCUUUCCCCCAGACCAGCGAACUCUUGCGGCAGCUGCGGCCCAGCAGGGCUUCCUAAUGCCCCCUGGCUUCAACUACAAGCCUGGCUGCAGUGACCCCUACCCUCUCCAGCUCAUCCCCACAACGAUGGCUGCUGCUGCUGCCGCCACACCAGGUCUGGGACCCCUACAGCUCCAGCAGUUGUAUGCUGCUCAGCUAGCAGCCAUGCAGGUUUCCCCUGGGGCCAAGCAGCAUGGAGGCAGCCUUCCUCCCCAAGCCAACCUGGGCACGCACUCGCCACCCACCAACACACAUUCACAGAGCGACAAGGGCCGCAGCUCCCCGCCAUCAAAUAAAACCAAGGACAGUGAGGGUGCACAGCCACUGAACCUGUCGGCCAAGCCUAAGGCAUCCGAGAGCAAGUCACCCAACUCCCCCCCAACUUCCCCACAGGUGCCGGCUGCUGCUGCUGCUGCGAACAAGCUGGACCCCACUUCCAUGAAGCACAGCGUUGCCCCCUCCAGCAUUGGAGGACCACCGACCAGAGUCAGCUCAAUUGCAGACUUGUUGUCGUCGCUGUCUUCGACAGCCUACCUGAACGACCACGAGGCGGUGACCAAGGCCUUCGCCGAGGCUCGGCAGAUGAAGGAGCAGCUGAAGAGAGAGCAGCAGGUGCUGGAUGCCAAGGUGGCAGCCGUCAGCAACCUCAGCCUCAACAACGGCCGCUCAGACAAGGACAAAGCUGCCUUGGAGAGUCUGAGUCAACAGCUGAAGCAGCAGGCCGAGAACAAGUUCAGCCACGCCAUGCUGGACUUCACCAUGAGUGGAGACUCUGACGGCUCUCCCAGCGUGUCAGACUCCAGGAUAUUCCGAGAGUCUCGGGGUCGUAGCACCAGCGAGCCGCACAUCAAAAGGCCGAUGAACGCUUUCAUGGUCUGGGCCAAGGACGAGAGGCGAAAGAUCCUCCAGGCCUUCCCCGACAUGCACAACUCCAACAUCAGCAAGAUCCUUGGCUCACGCUGGAAAGCCAUGACCAACCUGGAGAAGCAGCCGUACUACGAGGAGCAGGCUCGGCUCAGCAAGCAGCACCUGGAAAAAUACCCCGACUACAAGUACAAGCCACGGCCCAAACGCACCUGCCUGGUGGACGGCAAGAAGCUGCGCAUCGGCGAGUACAAGGCCAUCAUGAGGUCCCGCAGGCAGGAAAUGAGACAGUACUUCAGUGUGGGGCAGCAGGGUCAGCUGCCGUUGUCCUCUGCAGGCGUCGUUUACCCAGGUGCCCUAUCCAUGGCGGGGAUGCCUUCACCCCAGAUGCCCUCAGAGCACUCGAGCAUGUCCAGCAGCCCCGAGCCCAACGCCAACCACCACCAGAACCCCGGCAUGCCCGGCCUCAAGGGGGAGGAGCCGCGAAUCAAGGAGGAGGAGCUCAGGCUAGACGACAGCAAUGGCGACGUGUACGACGACUUUGACUACGAGGACGAAGAUGGCGACUACGCCAGCGAUAACGAGAACCAUAUCACCCAAUAGGACGGCAUCAGCACCGCCUGCUUUUUUUGUUUUGUUUUGUUUUUUUGUAAGCCAAUCACCGCUGGUUAAUCUCACAAAAUCCCCACCAAUCAGGAAGAAACCUUUCGCUUUUGCCAAUCGCUUUGGAACCAGUUUCACCGCCCCCUCCACCCCCCUCCCCCCGACUAACAUGGACUCUUCUAAUAGAGCCAGAUCCACUCCCCUCCCCUUCCUCUCCCCCCGGAGUCCUGAUACCAGCAUCUUUUGAUCAAUCAACCGAAGCACAGGACCUGUCACUCACACUGACUGUUACACACUGACUGGAGGAAGAGACGACCACGGCAGUUCUGAAGCUCGCUGAGGAAUACCCACAUAGCACUGCAGGUGUUAGAGUGUAACGCCACGAGUGAAGAGAAAGCAACAUGGCUCUCAGAAAGCAACCUUUCAGUCCCGUUUGUUGAAGAAAAACUGAAAAACAGAGGACCUGUCAAAGGCUAACGUGACACUUUAAGAUGGCGGACCUGUUUAUUAUCAAGAGACAUUUUUAAAAGUAAAACAGCUUUUUUUGUUCUUUGGUUCUAUAAUAUUCUCACUCAGGUACACGGUGCCAAUAAGUGGCUUGUGAAUGUGAUUUGUUGUUUUUGUGCUACAAGUUUGAAUAAUAAUAGAAAAAAGAGACUUUUCUUUUUUCCCCUUUUGUUGUAAAGCACCUGAAAGACAUGAGACAUUUAUUUUUAACAAAAAGAUAUCUUUUCUUCAACCUCGCAGUGUGCUGUCAGCAAUCCCCCCAAUUUUUCUCCCCCUUUGUGUUUUUUUGUGACCGCCCGCUUACCCCGCCUCCCCUCCUUGCAUCGCAUGGAAUCAAAUGGGACGGUCCAGCCGGGACUGACCAGCACAAAGUGGACUGUCCCACUUUGAGUGGAUUCUCGGUGUGUGGGGAGGGGCGGGUCGCAGCAAAGGGAAGUCUCUCUGGCGUCACGGAGCAGAAACAAAAGCACUGUGUUGCGAGACAAUCCACCGGUUUCCUUCUCGCUCCAUCCCUCUAUCUCGAUCUCGUCCAGGGCAAAAAAACCCACAUCAGUGCGACUUCGAUCGAAACAUCCCAACAGUGCGAGUGUGUGUCCGUGUGUGUGCUCCACCAUUGGACGUUUGCACACGCGCUCGCAAAGAGAAAGCUAAUAAUACUGCAGAAAGACAGGCAACUAAUGCUGCUGCUGUUAUUUCCUGUAACACACACACACACACGCACACUGUGUUCUGUCCAGUGUUUUCCUAACCCCCCACCCUCCAAUCAACGUUGUCCUGCUGUAUUGCAGUGGGCGGAGCUGAGGUGAAGUCAGCCAGUCAGUGUUUCUGUUUGUAUUUGAAUACUGUAUUUUAUUAUUAUUUUUCUUCAAACUGCCUCUAGUCUAAUAAUAUUAUUAACAAUAAUUAUAAGGAUGGUCAACGUUUCCUAAGUUUAGUAAGUUAUGUACAGUAUAAUUUAUUUUUCUCCUCUUUAUUGGGUUUUUAUGACCAUAUGAAACAGUCAAUGAAGCAUUAUUCUAUUUAGCUGGUAGGUAUUUAGAUCUAAACAAAAAGUUGUCAUUUUACCUUGCUUUGUUUUGCAAUUUUAUUUUAUGUUAUUUUAUUUUCGAUCCCCCUCCUAUUAAUCCUCUGCGGGCGGGUGAGCUGGACUGACAGACAUGGACGCCAGCCUUCGUCCGAACUGAAGACGUAACCCUUUUUAUCAUGUCCGAACCCAUUUCUAAGAAGCACUCAGACUCUGUGCAGUCAGAGAAGAAGAACAUGAUUUUAUAUUGUUAUUAUAAUUUUAUUUGUAAUGAUUAUCAUAAUGUAUAAUGUGAAUUUCCUCUUCUUCUUCUUUUUUUUUUUAAAUUUUUACAUGUUUUUGGUUUGUCACUUUUUCUGUGAACAGAGACCCGUCCCCGUUUACUAGUUUGGCUGCCUCACGGCGACACAGUGGAACAUCUUUGGCAUGGAUCCACACACACACACAUAUAUACACACACACGUGCACACUGGGGGAUGCACCGAUGAAAUUUUGGGCCAAUACCAACACUGAUGUUUAUAAUGUAGCUGACAGCCAACACCGAUAUUUUUUCAGUGUCUUUCUUUUGUACAAAAAUAUACUGACCUGUUUGAAAGUCUUUCAGAUCUUCAUCACACAUUUUUUGAACAUUCAG